AUGAGUCGAGAUACAUCAACAGCAUUAGCUGCAUCUGCCACCUCACAAAUGUACCCAGGCCAAUGGAAGCUUCUACGAACGCUAGCUGGUGCGCAUCAAGGCUGGGUACGAGCCGUAACAAUUGACGAGGUCACCAACGACUGGUUUGUUACUGGGUCAUCCGACUCAACUAUCAAAAUAUGGGAUCUUGCUUCGCUGCAAUUGAAAAGCACAAUAACAGGUCACAUUAUGGGAGUCCGAGCAUUGAUUGUUUCCAAAAAGUUCCCAUACUUGUUCUCUGGAUCUGAAGAUAAGACAUUACGGUGCUGGGACUUAGAGAAGCUGAAUGCAGCUGAAGGAUGUCAAAUUAAAAACUUUCAUGGUCAUGUGGGUGGGAUCUAUGCUCUUUCACUACACCCUCAAUUAGAUGUGUUGUUGAGUGGAGGAAGGGAUGCUGUGGUCCGGAUAUGGGAUAUCCGAGCCACCAAGGAGAUCACAUUACUAUCAGGACACAAGAGCGAUAUUACUUCUAUUGAGUCGUUUGAUAAUGACCCGCAAGUUGUGACGAGCUCAAUGGAUGGAACAAUAAGAUUAUGGGAUUUGAGAAAACAAAGUACCGAGUUGUGCAUCACCCAGCACUCGAAGAGUAUAAGAUCCAUGGUUGCACAUCCAUUUGAACGGACAUUCACGUCGGGUGAUUCAAAUGGGAAUAUAAAGCAAUGGCUACUACCUAAAGGAGAGUUGUUGAACAAUUUUGAAAAGCUGGAGAUGGAAGGGGAAGGGGGGAUUAUAAAUACCCUCGCGAUAAAUCCAGUUGCAAAUACAUUGUUUGCUGGAUAUGACGAUGGGAAGGUCGAGUUCUAUGAUUACAUACUGGGCAAACUUUCGCAGUCGGGACAGGCUCGAGCCCUACCUGGUGCAGAUGGUGCUGCUAUCUAUGCGUCAGCAUUUGAUAUGUCAGGUUUAAGGUUGAUUACAUGUGGCGGAGACAAGAGUAUUAAAGUCUGGGGCACAUCUGAAUAA